AUGGAGGUAAUGAGGGAUUUCAUGACAAUAUCGGGCCUGCAUAUUAAUGCAACUAAAUCUACUAUCUUUGCAGCAGGACCAGACUUGGACACCCUUCUAGCAGAAGCUACGUCUCUGGCAAUCAGUGUUGGCACGCUCCGAAUUUGUUACAUGGGUAUGCCGCUGACAACUAAGUCCCUCACAUCGAUUGAUUAUGAACAGUUGAUUGACAAGGUGCGCCGUAAAACGCUAACUUGGUCCAACAGAAGCUUAUCGUUUGUCGGCCGUCUUCAGCUUAUAAAUUCUGUGGUUAUAAGAUCUCCCAACCAAACGCAUAAGGCUAAGGUAAGCUGGGCAGAUCUCUGUUACCCUAACGCUGAGGGAGUAUAUGUCAUUGUGGGUCUGUUGGAUCAAAUUCUAUUUGCUCAAGGGUUCGAGGUCAAGGAUGGGAAAUCAACCUUCUUCUGGUUUUAUAAUUGGCUGGAUAAGGGGCGUUUGAUCGAUGUCACAUGUGCAGCUGGUACUACCUACAUUGGGUUGCCUCGACGUGCCACUGUUAGUGAUGCGGUUAAACAGAACAAAUAG